UGAACGUGGCUGUAAACAUUUUGAAGAACCGAGUCUUAAUUACUGUAUACUCGUAUAUGUACACGUGCAGUUUGGUCGUGUCGGCCGUAAGAUUGCCAGCGGGAAAAUAUUAAUUUUAUGUGGCUAUAAAUAUUCUUGCACAUCCUUUACGAUUGCACAAUACGAACUUCUUACACUUUAUGCGUAGCCGAUUGCGCAAUUUCCAGAUUCUCUUUACAGACUGUAAUCAUGCUUCGCAGAUUUGAAUACAUGUCGUAGACAGCAACGUAGAACCACUGCGAAUCUGCGAUCUUAAAUUUAUCGGAGCAUCCAUUCUUAUCGCUUAAGUGUUCUCGUUAAAAUGUCUCAAAGUUCCAUGGUUUACCAAUGUUUUAGCAUUUCGCUAAAACAUGCCUUGUACAUGAUUUAUGCGGCAUCUUUACUUGAACAAGACAGAUAACACUCGAUUUACCUUUCUGUACAUUUUACCAUAUUAAUUGGCCGAAUUACAAAAACCAGAUUUAGCUGCUCUUGUCGAUUUCGUGAUUGCGGCGCACAAUGAAUAAGCUUUCGCCUUAUCGGCCUUCCGCCGUACUGUCACCGGCUGCUUUUUUAUUUGGAUUGCAGUUUGGAAUAAUUGGACCAGUGUUAACCGAGCUAAUAAAACUGCGGGUCUGUGCCGAAGUGUACCAAUUCCCGCAUAAUAUAUGCGUAAACCUGACGGAUGGACUUCAUCAGAAGAAGAAUGAUCUAGUGAGCUCCAGCACGGCUCAUUACAUCUUUCUGGAGAAAAUCGGUGUCAGUCUACCGAGCCUGUUGUUUGCUGUGUUCACAGGAUCAUGGAGCGACCAUUUCGGACACAAACGAGCGAUACUUAUUCCAACGUUUGGAAUGUUGCUGGGCGGUAUCAUUCUCACCGUAUUAGCGUACGUCCCGACGCACCCUGCAGCGUUUCUGCUCUUCUCAUUGGUCCAGACUUCUCUGGGCGGAUUCGCCAUGGCCGGUGCUGCGCUAUACAGCUAUUUAGGUGACCAUUGUAAUCCAACGGAGCUAGCUGCUAAUAUCGCCAUCUUCGAUGGGACAAUGUUCCUAUCGGGAAGCAUUGCCGAAUUAUCAUGUGGCGUCCUGUAUCGUACAUUUGGAUUUCCGUUUCCCAUCAUUUUGUACACCAUGUGUUUCGCACUGGCGAUUUCAUACAUUGCACUGGCCGUGGGUAACCGGGCAAAGCAAUCAGAAAUACCAGCAAAAAAUCGAUUGGCACUGGUGUUUACAACACAGAAUCUCAAAGCAAACAAGGAUCUGCUGGUUAGAGAUCGUAUUGGGGGAACAUCGAAGCACAUUCUUCUGCUGAUCAUAAGCGCAGUGAUCGGUCAUAUUUGCGUACAAGGCGCAGGUUCCAUUCAGCAGCUAUUUUUCGAAACAGCUCCAUUGAACUGGAAAAUGGAAAACUUCGCAAUGUUGCUGGCUAUGAGCGAUAUAAUUGGCGGUAUUUUCAUGAUGAUUGGUGUGCCAUUUCUUAUACGGAUGCUGCAGUUAAAUGAUUUCACUGUUGGCACCACCGGAAUUUUAUCUACAAUUCUUUCCUUCAUCAUCCUUUCGAUGACGACAAAAACGUGGAUGGCAUUCAUAUUUGUCAUUAUUGGAGCACCAUGCAGAAUGCAGUUCACGGCCAUCCGAUCACUGCUGUCAAAUUUGGUUGACGCUGGUGAACGCGGAAAGAUGAUGUCCAUCAUUGCGGCGUACGAGGCAGUCAUGCCGCUGUUUGGUUCGUUUGUUUUUGCAACGGUAUUUUCUGUAACAGUUUUUUGGUGGUCAGGAUUUUCGUUUGCUUUUGGUGCGGUAGUGAUGGUAGUUCCACUUGUAAUAUUUCGUUACAUUGCUGCUGAUCGGCGGGAGCCGAUGUACAAUAAUACCGCCGAGUUUGCUCUUCUUGAAGGUGUACAAGACGAGAUUUCGCCUCAUGUAUAAAGCGUUGUACAACUGUACUCAAAUGAAUAUUUCGAUGUUCAUGAAACACACAAAUGGCAAUAAAUUGUCGU